UUCCCUUUUGAAAUAUCCAAUGUGUUUUAUGUGUGUAAUUGUUUUGUUGAAAUAGAUUUGGAUUUAGCUUUAGGUCCUAAUGGAAAACAGGAAUAAUGUUGUGACUGACAUUCUGCAUCCCUGCUAUGAGAUUAAUCACAUUAGUCUAAAGGUAACAGCAACUCCCUCUGCUGUGUGUGUAUUAGUGUAUAGUUUUUUGGCAUUUUUGUCUCUUCUCACGGUAUGUGGAAACCUCCUUGUAAUAAUAUCUAUUUCUUAUUUCAAACAACUCCACACUCCCACCAACACUCUCAUUAUGUCUUUGGCUGUGGCUGACCUGCUGGUUGGUGUUCUAGUAUUUCCUUUAAGCAUGUCCUUUUCUCUUAGCUCAUGUUUGUACAACAAUAACAUGUUUUGUAAGAUAAGAGACAGCUUAGAUGUAUUGCUCAGCACAUGUUCUAUUUUGCAUCUGUGUUGUAUUUCUGUUGACAGAUAUCAUGCAGUGUGUCAGCCUCUAACAUAUAAAUCUAAAAUUAAUGGUCGUGUUGUCUUCAUCAUGAUUGCUGUGAGCUGGGGUGUUUCUGUGCUUGUUGCAAUCGCUGUGGUGCAAACUAGAUCAAUCAAUGAUGAAUGUCAGGACACAUGCUUUAUUGACGUUAUCAUUGCGAACAGUGUUGGAGCUUUAUUUUCAUUUUACCUUCCUGUUGUCAUCAUGCUUUGCAUUUAUAUGAAGAUAUUUGCUGUUGCACAGAGACAAGCACGAAGCAUCCAAUCUACGACAAAGUCUGGAGCAACAGUCAGUAAGAUGGAGAGAAAAGCAACCAAAACUCUGGCUGUUGUUUUAGGAGCUUUUCUGUUCUGCUGGGCUCCUUUCUUCUUUUACAUCACCUUUCAACCUUUAGAAAAUAAUUUAGCACCAAUUCAUAUUAUUGAAAUUCUUGCUUGGCUUGCACUGUCAAACUCUACACUAAAUCCAUUUAUUUAUAGUUUCUUUUAUAGCUGGUUCAGGUCGGCCUUCAAGAUGAUUAUUUCUGGGAAAAUCUUUAAAGAAAACUUUGUUAACUUGAAUUUGCACUAAAGCUUAAUCUAAAGAAUGGACAGAGAUGUAAAGUUAUUUUCAGUGAAUGUGGGAUGGAGUUUGUUCAUAAAGCAAUAGUUAUAUUGGUUGAAGUCUUUUCCAGCAUUUAUUUAACUGGUUUAACCAACUAAAAGCAGCAGUUAUUGUAGAUCCUUUAAGAACUGGUCAGUUUCUUUUUCCCCCAACCACAUUCUUAGGGUUUACUUUUUGCACAUAAAAGGUGAAGCUGAAAAACAGAGAGAAAAAAAAGAAACUCCCUAAACAUCUCUUAUAUGGUAAAUGGUAAAUGGCAUGUACUUAUAUAGCGCCUUUAUUCAAGUCAGGAGACUUGACCAAAGCGCUUUACACUACAUUCAUUCACCCAUUCACGCACACACUCACACAUUGAUAGAGUUAUAUAUAGAGUUUUGCAGAUAAAAUAUCAUUGUAACAUUGCUGCAGACAAAUUACAUGUUG